AUGCCUGCCCGCAAAGCCCUCAUCGCUGUCACCUCUGCCAGUGCCUCGCUCUUCAAUGGCAAAGAGACAACCGGCCUCUUUAUCUCUGAAGCCCUCCACCCAUUCAAGGCGCUCGUCGCCGCCGGCUUCGAGGUUGACCUCACCUCUGAGACGGGCAGCUAUACCCCCGACUGGCUUUCGCUGCAGCCGGACUUUCUCAACGGCUCGGACCUCGAGACCUGGAAGGACCUGGACAGCGAUUUCCGCAAGAAGCUCGAUAACAUGCCCAAGGCCUCCGAGGUCGACGGCUCCCAGUACGGCCUCUUCUACGCCUCGGCCGGCCAUGCAGCUUUGCUCGACUACCCCACAGCAAGUGCGCUUCAGGAAAUCGCCGAGCAAGUCUGGGCUAACGGCGGUGUUGUGUCAUCUGUUUGUCAUGGCCCUGCGAUUUUUGCCAACGUUCUUGACCGCUCCACUGGAGCACAUUUGGUCACAGGGAAGAGAAUCACUGGCUUCACUACCGAGGCGGAGAGCACUAUGGGCAUUAUGUCUGAGCUCCGCGGAUGGGGCUCCGAAAUGGUGGAGGAGCUUGCGGACCGCUUGGGUGCGAACUAUGAGCGCUCAGCUGGUAUCUGGGAUGACUUCCAUGUUGUUGAUGGAAACCUUGUUACAGGCCAGAACCCUGCCAGUGCUUCCUCGACCGCUAAGGCUGCUAUUGAGGUAUUUGAAAAGCUCUAA